CAUUCUGCCUUACGAAUAGCUGGUGCAACCCUACCCUGUUGACUCGAGAACAGAUGCGAUCAGAUCAGUCCAAUUCACGAAUUAAUCAUUCAGUGCGAUUCGCGAACUGAUUUAUCAUGUUAAUUGAAAAAAAUCAGCUUGUUCACAAAUCUAACCCCACAAUGCGUCUCUGCUGGUCACGAUUUCUUCAGUUCAAAAUAAGGAGGAACAACAUGUUUUUUUUUUUUAAUUUGGUGGAUUAAAAAGUACAAUAUUAUGCUUUGUGAUGUAUUGAAGUAAAAGUUUCACAAAAUAAAAAUACACCAAUAAAGUACAAAUACUUGAAAAAUGUACUCAAGUAACAAAGUAAAUGGUACUUUGUUACUGUCUACCACUGAGGAACAAUUUAAAAACGCAGCAGAGCAUAACAUUAUAAUAAAGUCAUAUUACUGUGUCCUGUGAACAAUAUAUACUGUUCUCAGAUGUGAGGAAUCAGACAAAUUGUACACUGACACGCACAAUUAAUAGCAUGAACACAUAAAAUGUAUUGUUUGUAGGGUUAACACAGUAGAGACAAUAGAGUGGUGUGUAGCCAAGACUCAUCACAUACAGUGACAAAAAAAAAGUGAUGCUUGGAAAACAGUGUCAGAAAUCGUGGCCAUUCUGAGUGAGUUCAUGCAUUAAUAAUCAUUCAUCUUGUUCGAGAUAUGAUGUAUUAUGCACUGCUGCAAUUUACAUACAAACACUUUCCUCUGCUUUAUGUCAUAAUUCUUAACAGCAAUAAAACUGAUUCACUGUCAAAAUAGAAUGACCUCUUUUUUUUUUUUUUUCAGGCAAUUUAUUUAAUUAUUAUCAGAUCUUCAAAAGCCAUGGCCAGUUGUGCAGCCCACCAAUAACAUUAAAGAAUCUAGCAGUAAGAACGGCCUACUAGUAAAUAACAAUGUGGUGAUCUCUAGCGAUAAUAUUGCUGUCUGUGUGAUUGUGGCAUUACACAAGACUUAAACAACAUAAACGUUUAUUGUAGGUUAUUUGAAGAGGUGUCUUUGUCCAUUUAGCAGCUUUCUCUUGGUGUGGUUGAAAGAGUGACAGAGAAUGUUUCUUUGUAACAGUCCUGUAAGCAAUUUCCUGCUUUGCUACUUAUCAUAAAUGAAUCAAAUCAGCAACCCAGUGCAGCCUGCCACAUGUAAUUGGAAUUGAUUUUCUGCUGCACAUUGUUUUUUAUGGUUAAUUUUUUUUGUGUGUAUUAUUAUUUUCAUCACCUCUUCUUGCAUAUUACCUGAAAUGACAUUCUUUUUACUCUGUGUUCUCUGACUGACCUUCAAGUGAGGUGUCCAGCGGUACAGUGAUUACUUGAUCACACGCUGAAAUAUCCAGUCACUCAAAAACAGGAACGUGUGGGGGUUCUUUCAUAGGACACUGAAAAGCUUUGAGACAUGUGCUGGGUUGCCAAGGAGAUGUUAUUUGAAAAGAAAGAGGCAGUUUUACAGUAGUUUUGCCUGUUUUUUUUCAGUCAUUCUUUUUACAUUCUCUUUUCUUCAGCAGCUAGAAGAAAUCUCUUCAGAACUGCUCAACGCAUAUUGCGCACCAGUGAAAGGCCUACCGGAGCCAGUGCGGAGGAAUUAUCUGCUGUCAGGUCCUGCGCCGGGCUGAUAGGAAAACGCAGCGCACCGAGGGCCACUGCAAGGUGAGGAAGACGGCCGCAGGGGGAAGGGAACAAAAAGUCAGGAACCGAUGAUGCCGUCUUCCACUAUGCAGAUGUUUGCGUUCAUUCUGGCAUUACUGGGGGUCCUGAGUGCCACGGUUGCCACACUGCUACCCAACUGGAAGGUGAGUGCAGAUGUGGGCUCCAAUAUCAUGACUGCCAUCUCGCAGAUGCAGGGACUGUGGAUGGACUGCACCUGGUACAGCACCGGAGUCUUCAGCUGCUCGCUUAAGUACUCGGUGCUGGCAUUGCCGGCUUAUCUUCAGACCGCACGCACCACUAUGGUGCUUUCCUGCAUGAUGGCGACAAUGGGACUCUGCCUGGCCGCCCUAGGGCUGAAAUGUACUCGCUGGGGUGGCAGUUAUCGCUCUAAGGGACACACGGCCAUUUCCGCAGGGGCUUGCUUCAUCAUAGCAGGGGUCCUGUGUCUGGUGCCCGCAUCCUGGUUCACCAAUGAGGUCAUCACUACGUUUAUGGACUCCAAAGUGCCCAAGAGCAGCAAGUACGAGCCAGGCGCAGCGGUGUACGUGGCAUUUGUGUCGGCAGGAUUCCUUUUAGCUGCGGGUGUAAUCUUUUGCUUAUCAUGUCCUGGAAGGAGAGGCGGUCCAUUAGAUUCGGGCUCGUCCCACCCCGACAAGCCAAAAAAGCAGAAGCUGCGCCAGGAGCAGCCGACCCGCGACGAACAGAAACAGCAGCACUGCGAACAGCAGAGUCAGACUGAACCACCGGAACGAGAGCAGUCGCAUCGAGAGAAACUACACCAGGAAAAGCUACAAGCGGAUGAUCGUCAGCAAGAGAAGUCGGUGCCGGACAGGAUGAUACUGGAGAAGGACAAGCAGUACCAAUCUCCAUCUCGAACCCGAAUUCAAGAUCCUAAGGCCGUCUAUAGUCUGCACGACUAUGUGUAAACAACUGUCAUCGACUCCAGGAGCAUUUAAGGCGUUCUUGAUUAUUAGACUGCCUUUCUUUGUGAGCGGCAAAAAGAGGAGGGGAAAAGCAGUGGAGCAGCAGGAGGAAUAAUGACUUUGAUGCCGUUAUCAACCCUUCUCAUCUGUGCCUUCGCUUACAGCAAGCGAAACAGUGGAGGUAUUUCCAAAGCCCCGGAACAGACAAACUAAGGAUUGUGAAUCCUCGGCUACAUAGUUUUACUGCAUCUACAAGUAAAAAGGGGGCCAAAUGGUGACGCAUCAAAAAAUGCAACAUAAGAAAGGGAAAUUUAUGAAGAUACUACUGUAAGGACAGUCCUGAAGGUGCAUUUGCUUACCAAAGGUUGGAAAAAAUAAAGUUAUUGUUACCCUAUCAUUUCAUUACCUUGUCAAAGUAAAACGCAAACUCUCGAGAGCAAUUUUAUCAGCCUUUUGGUAACUGAAACCAUGUGUGAUAAGCAAGUUUUAAUUCAAAAGCUUGUAUAUGAUCCAUUAGGCAGUAUGUGCAUGCUGUUUGUAGAUAAUGCUGUUAAUAAUGCUGCAAAAAGGCUUGCAGUUAGGGAUAAUCAUGCUUGCACCUGAGGAUGCUUCACACCAUCAGCUGUCCAUUAAAUGGUGCGUGUCCUUCAGAAAAGGGAUUUUGACAUGUCCAGUCCAUAUUUUUCAAAGAAUGGUGAUGGGGGGGAGGCACAGCAGCAGAGAUCAGCUGAGGUAAUGAUGCUCUUUGCUUUUCCAUUAGGUUCGCUACGGAUGGGUGCACGCUGCUCAUUUAUUGCGAGCAGACACAGAUCCACCAACACACACACAUAAGCUUUCCUUCCCUCCCUCGUACUCUUGCUAGAAGGGUAAUGGGGGCUUGCACCCAAUCAUCAUGAUGCUGUGUGUCGGUGUGUGUAGCCUGCAGGAAGUGCAUUUGGUCCUGUUCUAGGGCAAACAGGACGCAGUAACACGCUGUUCACACUUUUGCCGAAAAGUAGAACCAAGGUGACAGAAAUCUCAGCGGUGGCUUCAGACUCCCCCGCUGGGCAACAAUUACACCUUUGGUCUACGUCUCAAUUCGGUCAAACAAUGCACAGUGUUUUCUGAUUGCUAUGCUGUUUUCACGUAUAGUCAAGGCAUUAAAUGUAUUUUCUAAGUGUCAGUGGAAGACAGCAAUGCACAAUAUAAUGUACAGUAUUUAACUCAAGCUAAUGUUGAGUGUCAUUGUCUGUGCUGUUUCUGUCAUAAUGAUGGUCAAGGGCUCCUAUUGUCUCUAGAGAGACGCCACUGCUUUUCAUUUCUAUCUCACAUAUAAGAAUACAUACCGUUCUUUGUGUUUGAUACACGUACAGAAUGCUUUAGAAACUGACGCAAAGUCUGAGAGUGACAUGAAUUAGAGCAGCAAAACAAGGUUGUUGUUUUUUUUUUUAAAUGUCAUUAUGUGCCAAUGGACCAUGUCUUGCUUUAUUGUGCAUAGGCUUGAUAUAGUCACUGGGGUCCAAAAACCUGAGACCACUGGUAAAAAAUGCUGCUUAUUUUGCAUUAUUGCUGCUAUUUUCAUUAUAAUAUAUUUUUCAUUAUAAUUUAUAUUAUCAGCAUAAUAAUUUGAGUGAAAUUUGAAUUUCUGAUCACUUAUCACUUACAUAGAAAUUUAUUCUUUUUUUCCAUGAUAUUUAUGAUUUUUUUUUCUUUUGAAGUCUUACAUUUUUAUUUUUAGAUUUAAAUGACAAAAAAUCCCAGAUAUCCAUUAUGGUCUCAGACCUUUGGACUGCACUGUAAACAGUAGGUUACGUUCACACUGCAGUUGAAUGUGCUUGAAAUCUAAUUACUGUCAUGUGACACAGAUGGGUUUUUAUAUACUGUAUAACUGUUGUAUAACUCAUUCUUUGCUACAUUUUCAAUUCCUCUCUUGCUUAUUAUUUUAAUAUGUGAAUAUUAAAUAUAAAAAAAGAUGUUAAUUAGAUUUUUUUGCAGGUGUAUAUUGGGAUUGUGGUUCUUGUGAUUUUUAAUCUAACAUAACAUUAAUAUUUUUAUUUACCUUAUAAAUUAUCUUAUUCACCCUUUGCUGUUAGAAAAAUCAAUUUUGUUGGUAAAACUUUACAAUAAGGUCUCAUUUGUUAACAUUAGUUAAUGUAUUAACUAAUAAUGAGCUAUACAUUUGUUACAGUAUUUAUUAAUCUUUGUUAACAUUAGUUAAUGAAUAAUUUUUAUGUAAUAAAAAUACAAAUGUUCAUUGUUUGUUCAUUAUAGUUCACAGUGCAUUAACUAAUAUUAACAAAUACAACUUUUGAUUUCAAUAAAGUAUUAGUAAAUGUUGGAAUUAACAUUAAAAUUAAUAAAUGCUAAAGAAGUAUUGUCCAUUUCUUAGUCCAAGUUAAUGUAACAAAAUGUUAACAAAUGAAACCUUAUUGUGAAGCAUUACAUAGCAAAAAUAUAUUUAUAUAUUUUCUAUUAUAGCAAAUAAUUAAAUAUAUCGAUGUUAUGAUGAACAUGCCAGGAAAGGAUGUUUUCCACAUGGGUCAGUUUAGGAGUCACCUGUUCAGUCCAGUGUCUGAUAUUGGUCACAUUUAAAAUAUCAUGUGAACAACUGCACAUAAAUUCGGAACUGGGUACUUUGGUUUGCAGUGUGAAUGUUUGCACAUGUACAUUACAUUUGAGAGACAAUGAUGGACAAAUACUUACCUUUUACUAAAAACUCUUCUUCUAUCAUGACACAGCGAAUGUUGACUACAAGUUUUAUAAGACUGUGUUGGGCAAAGGUGAAAACCAUUUGCCAUAAUAUUAUGUAGGCACAACAAACUGCUUCAUUUAAUUGAAUUUGUCAUUUUGAAUUCUCUUUUUUUGCUCGACAAAAUAAGGGCUUCAUUCAGUCCAUUUAUAAGCUGAUGUUUGGCCAGUAAUCAUGUGGAACUAUCAAAUCCAAUUAAAGCACAUGCCUGUACAGCAGAACUUGUAUGUUUGUUUUUGUCAUGUACUGACUCCAGAAAACACAGUAAGUGCAACACCACGGCCUUAUUUUCUAAUUUUUGCCCAUUUUGAGCUAAUGCUCACAUCAAGGACUUUUUGUACAACUGGCACUUCUAUUUCACAUCAUUCCUUCUUUGUUGUGUGUUCGUGAUCUGACUGCAAAUGCCUCCUUAUAAUGGGGGUGUGUGGUACGAGGUGUCUUGGUUGGCUGCGUCGGCCAGGAGUCAUGCCUGUCCAAAUGAGAAUCUGCAUACUCCUCUGUGAGUGAAUCCAAGCAUCAAAUAAGCUCCAUUUACACAGCUGACUGCCCAUCACACAGUGUGGCCACUUUUUCACUAAGCAUUCAUGAUUAAGCCAGGCACACUUCACACACCCCCUCUUGCUGAUCAGACUAAGGUUAAAUCAGCUGUCAUAUUCAUCUGCUGCUUUACAUGUGCUUUGUUUACACAGAUGGAGACAUUGUUUAAUCUCGAUCACGACACUGAAAUUGAUUCUACAAUUCAAAUGCUGAGAGUAAGAGACUCAUCAAAAGAAUAGAAGCUGUGCCGCACUGUGUUUAUGAGCUCUUGGGAUCAGCAAUAGUGACAUUCAUUUUCCUACUGUAUAUCUUUAUUCUCCUUACAAGGCACUUCAAUGAAUACAGUAAAGUUUGGUGUUGCAUACUUUAAAAAGCAAAAAACAACAUCACAAAUCAAAUUUGAACCCUUAAAAGCUGCAUUUCCUAUCUGAUAUGUGGUUUUCUAGGGCCUUGAUCAUGACCCAUCCAAAAAAAACAAAAAAAAAAACAAACAAAAACAAAACACUUGUAUACAGUCUUCUACAUUACUACUACUUGUCGUACACUUUUAAUAUAAUUUCGAGAUGGUCCUCACUGCAGAACACAAGAUCCAGGGGGCUCCCACUUUACAUAUCCCUAAAUCUACCCAUCUCCGCCCCCUGGAUCUCGUGUGUCUGUAGUGAGGGGCUACUGGGAUUUAAGCAACUUACAUUAUUUAUGGUAAAUUGUUCUGAAAAUUUGUGCAUCAAGUAUGAUACAGCAGGUAUUUUUAUUUAAAUCAUCAUUGUGCUGCAUUGUAUCAUGAUGUAUUUUACUCACCACAAUAAAAAUGAUCAUCAAAUCUUUUAAUUAUUAAAUUCAAUUAAUUAAAUAAUUCAUUUUGUAUAUUUUACUAAGAUACAUUUAGUGUGAACUGACAUUUAAAAGGCCCACUAAAGAGUCUUGGAACACGCAGCAUUAUUCAAUGCGCUGACGUAAUUUCAACUGAAACAGGAAUAUAUCGAACAGCCCCGCCCAUUUUUUUAAAAAAAAAUAGCUAAUAGCGUUUCGUUUAUAUCUCAGCUCAGCCAGAGCCUCUGAGCUCGGUAAAGCUUUGGUUUCCUUCUAAUCUCUAACCGUUUCUCCUCAUAAUCUCCUCAAUAUCGCUUUAAAAUACAGCAUUCUGUACAGAAUUCAAAUAUGAUCCGCUCUGUGCUCUCUGGACCGGAGCAGACUGCUCGCGCUGCAGCAAUUCAUGCGACACUAAUGCGAAAACGGAUUUCUUUCUUGUCGAUGGAAAGCAUAUUUACACUGUCUGAAUCGUUCCCUAUCCUCUAUAUAGUGCACUAUGUGCCAUUCACCAUAUAGAAACUAGUAAAUGUGUGAACAAAUGACCGAUUUCACCCGCAGCUUUAGCGUCUGUUUAUAGUGUAGAAGGGGCGGGACUUCAGAUUCUAGAGAGCAUUUGAUUGGACAGAAGAUUUGAUGAGAAGCUGAAGUGUGUGGUGAUGUCAUGAAAAUUUGUGAUCCAUUUUAUCGGAAGUGAGAGACUCUAAGUUUUGAAUGCUUAUAUCUCCUAAAUGUAAAUUUUGUCAUUGUUUUGGAACACACCAGCUUAUUCAUAACCUUAAGGCUAUUAAUACUAAAAGCUAAAAAACUUAUAUUUUGAUUUCAGGGGGACUGCUUUUUUGCAUCUGGCUCUAUUAUUAUAAAUAAAUCUUUUUGUUGACUACAUCAUUGUUCUUGCUACCAGUGGCGAAGCUAUUAGUUAUUAAUUGUUGCCCACCCAUUGAGAAUUUUCCAACUAGAUCAUUUAUUAAACGAUAAUAAUAAUUACCACUUUUUAUCUUAAAAAAGAUUAAAUGCAAGUUCAUGGUCCAAUGCAGGCAGUUUCUUAGUUUUGCCUCUUUCUGUACUGUAGGUGCAUAUCAUUUGCUUUAUGCUUGUCAAAAUGAUGAUUCGUCAAUUUUUGUUAGUCCCACACACAAUGUUAUCUUUACGACGCAAGGACAAUAGUACAAUUCAUGUGUUUGUGGAGUUGAAUUUGAAAAUAGUGAAUCAAAUACCAGUAAGUCGAUUCUUUAAAGUAUAAUAAGGAUAUCGCUCUUAGCAAUGAAACCGAACCAUUUACAAAUGAAACCAGAUUUUCUGCAGGUGAUGGAUUUAUAGAUUGAAAACUCUUGAGCCAAAUGUGUUUGAAGCAUCAUAUUAGCAAGUACAAUGUUUGGUAUCAGCUAAAUGGAUGCGUCUUUUUUGGAAAGAAAGUGAAACACAAAAACAUUGUGCUAGGUACUGUUUUCCACAACAAACUGAUGCUUAUUCUCCUUUGAACGCGAACAGACAAAGACUAUGAUUAUGAGGUAAUUUGCGUUUUAACCCGAAGCCCUGUUGUCUUUACAAUAAAUUUCCAUUAGUUAAUGUUAGUUAAUGCAUUAACUAACAUGCUUUUGAAGUAUUGUGUAGAAGUAUUGUUAGUCAUGUUAACUAAUAUUGUUAACAAAUGGAAGUUAAUUGUAAAGUUUUAACUGGACUAAUAUUGUAGGAGAACAUGUAAAAGCAACUACUGAAAUUUUUUCAGUGUUUAUAAGUUAAACAAAUCCAAAUAGUAAU